GUUGUCAAGCCUUCUAGACCUCUAUCAAAUUGAAAACACUAGAUAAGAAGCUGCUGUGGAGGUUGGUGUAGCAGUGUUGCUAAAUGGUGAAAAGCUGAUAUCACAGAAUGAUGCAUGGAUAGGAAGCAUACCACAGUCUUAUUCCCUUAUUGGUGCACGUCUAAAAAUUAAGAUUUCAAACAUAUGAGUGGAAAGUUUGAACAGCAUUAAUUAUGGAAGCUGCAUACAAUAUUGAUGAUAUGGACAAGUAAGAUCAUAGGAAACCUCUCCAUCCACGAUUGGGUACCACAUAGAUGAGGGCGGGGUUCUGCACGAUAUUGCAACACCCUCUCCCACAACCUGUCUGGCUGCUGUGGUAGCGCGGAGAAGGAACGGACGCGUACGUUUACCGAGCACUCCGUCCGUUCUGAAGCGACACCGAGGGGAGGAGAGCGGCGAAAAUGACGACCAACAUCCGAUACAAGAGCCGUAUCCCGAUCAAAUCGGACGAGACAGUUGAGGAGAAGCAGUAUGUGGGUUUUGCUACCCUCCCUAACCAGGUGCACAGGAAGUCAGUGAAAAAGGGAUUUGACUUCACCCUCAUGGUCGCCGGAGAGUCUGGUAUGGGUAAAUCUACUCUGGUCAACAGCCUGUUCCUCACAGACUUGUACAAGGACAGGAAACUUCUCAAUGCUGAGGAGCGUAUCAACCAGACAGUAGAGAUCAUUAAGCACACAGUGGACAUUGAGGAGAAAGGAGUGAAGCUGAAGCUGACCAUUGUAGACACACCAGGCUUUGGAGACGCUGUCAACAACAAUGAAUGCUGGAAGCCCAUCACCGACUACAUUGACCAGCAGUUUGAGCAGUACUUCAGGGACGAGAGUGGACUGAACAGGAAGAACAUCCAGGACAACAGAGUCCACUGCUGCCUCUACUUCAUACCUCCAUUUGGACAUGGACUGCGUCCAGUAGAUGUGGAGUUUAUGAAGGCUCUCCAUGAGAAGGUGAACGUGGUUCCUCUCAUCGCCAAGGCUGACUGUCUCACUCCCAGCGAGAUCAAGAAACUCAAAGACCGGGUCCGUGAUGAGAUUGAGAGGUUUGGCAUUAAGGUUUACCAGUUCCCAGAGUGUGACUCUGAUGAGGACGAGGAGUUUAAACAACUGGACAAAGAACUGAAGGAGUGCUGUCCGUUUGCAGUGAUUGGCAGUAACACUGUGGUUGAGGCCAGGGGCCAGAGAGUAAGAGGGAGACUUUACCCAUGGGGCAUUGUGGAAGUGGAGAACCAGUCUCACUGUGACUUUGUGAAGCUGAGGAACAUAUUGAUCCGCUCCCACAUGCACGACCUCAAAGACGUGACCUGUGACAUGCACUAUGAGAACUACAGAGCGCAGUGUAUACAGGACAUGACCAGUAAACUGACGCAGGACAACCGAAUGGAGAGCCCGAUUCCCAUGUUGCCCCAGCCCACCCCCGACGUGGAGACUGAUAGACUCAUCAAGAUGAAAGAUGAAGAGUUGGCGAGGAUGCAGGAGAUGCUGAAUAAGAUGCAGCAGCAGAUCCAUGAUGGGAAGGACCAGUGAUCCCCUCCCCGGCAGACCCAGACUACAGCCCCACCUGCUGGCCAGCCACUGAUUUACAUCCAUGACUUCAGAUGAACAAAUGCAAACAAUAGCAUACAUACCAACAUGUUAUUUACUGAUAUAAUCAGCAUUGUGUUGGGGGGGGCAGUUGCUAUAUAUUCAUUCAUUGGUCAUUUGUUUAUUUGGUGCUUUUUUUAAUUUGGUCUGUACUGCAAGGAGAAAUGUGGUGUGGAUUUAGUUUUUUACUGAACCUGGUGUCCGUUUUGAACCCCAUUUAAUAUUAUGAACAGUCCUCCUAGCAUAUGUCAUAAUAUAAACAUUUUAUUUAAAUGACCUGUUAAAUGUAUCUAAUUUAUAAAUAUGCUGAAUACUUUUGGGAUAUUCUGUCAGGUUAUGAAUACGCAUAAGAUGUUUUGUAAAACGGCAAUAUUACUGAUGUUAAGGUUUGAGUCUGUUGAUUUUGAGUGAGUGUGUCUGUGUGAUUCGAGAUGUAUGACACUCUAUUAGGAGAACCUUAUUCUGCUUUGAUACUGUGAGAAUUUGUUUACCCUUUCAGUGGCAUUUCUUGUGCUUUUGGUACAGACUUAAUAAUAGGCUACCUAAGAAUCUAAACAAAUGUAAGGUAUUACCUUUUUACUGCUGGUCUCUACUUCAACUUGUUGGGAAGACCCUUUUCGUUUUUCUUUUUUUAACAAUGUCUUGGCGCUUGCAAGUCAGAUUGAGAAUGUCUUCAGAGCCAUUUGCUUACCUUACAGUGCAUUGAGACCCGUUUGACUUACAUAGCUAAUGAAAGGGUAGGUUCGGUAAGUGGUGCAUGUGCGAGCAUGCUGAAGUUACUCAUAACUGCUUAGAGCUUAAUUUCCACUCUCAUAUGAUGCAAUGUGUUUGUUCUUAAAUGCAUUUUGAGCUAUGCCUCGGUACCACUAUGUGACUGUAAAAAUAGGCAAACUUUUAAGAGCAGCUACUGUAUAUGCUUUUGUCCAAUAUAGCAUAUAGUGUGUGGUGUAUGCUGCCCUCUGGCUGUGGUGUGCAGGAUGGUGUUUGGCUUUUUAUAGUGCUUGUGCUCAGAAACCAUGGGGGAACUAGUGACCCGUUUAUGAUGAUGAAUAAACAGUCUGGAUUCA